UUUCUAUGUUAUGGUCUUUACAAUAUUGCUUCUUACAGGUAUUUGACUCUAGAUAAGGCAGAUAGAUUGGUGGAUCUGGGUUUUGAAGAUGACAUCAGAGAAGUGUUUGAUCACUCCAAAGCUCAAAGGCAGACCCUUUUAUUUUCUGCCACCAUGCCCACAAAGAUUCAAAAUUUUUCUAGAAGUGCUCUAGUUAAACCUGUUACAGUUAACGUGGGAAGAGCUGGAGCAGCAAAUCUCGAUGUGAUUCAAGAGGUGGAAUAUGUGAAGCAAGAAACAAAGAUUGUUUACCUUCUUGAAUGCUUGCAAAAGACCCCUCCUCCAGUUUUGAUAUUCUGUGAGAACAAAGCUGAUGUGGAUGAUAUUCAUGAAUAUCUUCUUUUGAAAGGAUUUGAAGCAGUUGCAAUUCAUGGAGGCAAGGAUCAAGAGGAGAGAGAAUAUGCCAUUUCGUCUUUCAAAGCAGGCAAGAAAGAUGUCUUGGUUGCAACAGAUGUCGCCUUGAAGGGUUUGGAUUUUCCAGACAUUCAGCAUGUUAUCAAUUACAAUAUGCCUGCUGAAAUUGAGGAUUAUGUCCAUAGGAUUGGACGAACAGGAAGAUGUGGCAAGACAGGAAUAGCUACAACAUUCAUUAACAAGAAUCAAAGUGAGACGACUCUUCUUGACUUGAAGCACUUGUUGCAAGAAGCAAAGCAGAGAAUACCACCAGUUUUGGCCGAGCUUAAUGAUCCCAUGGAAGAUGUUGAUGCUAUCACCAACGCUAGCGGAGUCAAAGGCUGUGCCUACUGGGGUGGACUUGGGCACAGAAUCCAUGAUUGCCCCAAGUUAGAGCAUCAGAAAAGCCAGGCAAUUGCUAGCUCUAGGAGGGAUUAUUUUGGAUCGGGAGGUUAUAGAGGGGAAAUGUGAUAUGUACUUGAAUUCUUUCACGCCAUUGCGGGUCUGGUAUGUGAUUUAUUUAUCCUUGUAUAAGUAGAUUAAAAAUAACUUUGUUGUCUGUUUGUUUUUUUAAACUGAAUAGUAGAAUGAUGACUUUUAGUCAAUGGCAGUUAACUUUAAAAUCUUUUUUGGGUUACUUUUAAAUUUGAAUCCUUUCACAUGGAUUACACAAAGGAAAAGCAAAGUAUGUGAUGCAAUUAUGGUUGUUUACUGAGAAAAUGCUCUUAGAAAGAAAUACUCAAGAAUUCAUUUCAUACUACAGACCAUAGAAGCAGCCAUAACUGUUACAAAAAUUUGUAGAAGAAAAGAGAUGCAUGCUGUGGUUGCACACACUCGCACAACGUUUACUAGAACAGUCAUCUACUUGGGAAAUCAUAUGUAUCAGCAGGUUCCUCAAAUGCUUCCAUUGUAGCUCUUAGGUCUUUGAUGACAAGUGAUGGAUUGGAUUGCUGGUAUCUUGAAGAGGAAUCAGGUAAGUAUUUUAUGAACCCAUUGUAUUUUAUGAUUGUUUUAUAUAACACAACUUCAAUCUAGCAUAGAAUUGGAAUGACCCCUGUUUUUUUUUUCCCCCCUCCCCUAGAUGAGUUCUCUUCUCUUCUCUUCCUCUCUACGUUUUUAAUCUUCUCUUAACUCUUUGGUAAAACCUAAUUAAAGAAGAAAGAUGUCUAACUCAAUUCCUUUUCAAUUUGUCAAAUAAGAAUUUAAAAAGAAAAACAACAAUGUUAGUUUUUAAUUGAAACUGUUUUUAUGUGAUUUUUUUAGACCAAUUUUUUUUUUCCCUUCAUCUCUACUUUUCUAUCUUCUCUUUAACUCUUCGGCAACACCUAAUUAGAGAAGAAAUAUGUCUAUCGCAUUGCUUGUGCCACGACUUGUAGUUAUAUUUAUAGCAAUAUAUUCCUCAUCAAUAUUAGGUGUAAGCUCAAUUUAAUUAGGCCUCUCUAUUGUUCCUUUUUGUUUUGAUAUAUAUUCGCCAUCAUCAUUGUUCAUCAAAUUUUUAGUUUACUUUUGGCUUGGCUUUGUUUGUCCUUAUAUCAACGCUUUGAAACAUUUGAAAUAAUCAUCUAAGUUGGUUUGUCCUUAAAGAAGAGGUAGCAUCACUGAAAGGACAAGUUCAAGCAUAUGAAGGACGUUUGUGGAGUUUGAACACUUCAUCAAAGAAAUGCGGGGCAAUCAUAGUGGAUACAACUCUUCUGAUGAGUAGAGGUGCAAUCAUGCGUGUUUAUGGCCAUGAGUUUGCCGGUGCAUUAACUCUAAGUUAUGCUUAUACGCGG